GAAUCAUUACCAGAUCCUUAUGUUUUGACCGACAAAUGGAGCACCAACCCAAGCACCUGGCCUGAUUUGACCUUCGGCGAUAUUUAUGUUUAUCUGAUUGACACACCUUUUAUCUUCACAAAAGACUCGAUGAAAGCCUACAAGUCAUAAGAGGCAUACAAUUAUGUUGUUAGUGGACAUGUGUAGGUUGUGCUUUCACAUCAAGUAUCUGACGACUCGCCCUUUGUUGCCUUUAAAGCCAAAGUGACACCAUCCCACCCUGCCAGGGACAAGCCUCAUCAACCAUGGGUCUACUUAGAUAAAGCCAGUGCAUCAGUGUAUUGUGCACACUGUACAUGUAUGGCAGGGUUGGGUGAAGUAUGCAGCCAUAUUGGUGCCCUUCUGUUCAAGGUGGAAAUGGGAGUUAAAAUGGGGCUUAUAUUAACAAGCUUGACAAGCAAGGCAUGCCAGUGGAAUAGUACAUUCAGAAAAGAGGUGAUACCUGCUACAGUGACAGAGAUUUGUGACAAAAUUAAAGGCAAAAGAAUCAAGGAGGUUGUCUCAGUCCAAGCUGAUGGAUCAUCUAUCCUUCCACAACCUGAAGUCCUUGAUGAACUGUAUGCUCUGGUACCAAAUGCUGCAUUUUUUACUUCCGUGACAGCACCCUCACAGAUUGUAGAAAGUCAACCAGUAAAAACUACCACAGAAAAAUACCCAAAGCUUUUACAAUCACUACAAGAUCCAGACAUUGAUAACAACAACAUUGACAAUCAUUGCCAAGAUAUCUUUGCCAGUUACUCAUGUUCCGACUACCAAGCUACCAAUUUGGAAGCCGCAACAAGGAACCAAGCCAUCACCCCAUUAUGGUUUCAACACAGGAUGGGCCGUGUUACAGCAUCUAAAAGCCCAUGACGUUUGGACACGCAAAGACACAACAUCACCUGACAUUUUAGUUAAACGUAUUGUUGGCUAUUCGUCAUAUGACCUGUCCAAAAAGGCUGCUGUCAAGUGGGGAAUCGACCAUGAGGAAGAAUGCAGGCAAGCCUACAUCACCAACCAAACAACACAGCAUCUAGACUUUGAAUGCAAUUUAUCUGGUUUCGUCAUCAACAACAACCACUCUUUCUUGGGAGCCAGUCCAGAUGGUAUUACCAACUGCCAGUGUUGUGGUAAAGGACUGAUUGAGAUAAAGUGCCCAUACAAGCAUAAGGACGUUACUGUGCCGCAAGCUGCAGCAUCUGACAAAGACUUUUGUUUGGACAAGUCUCUACACCUGAAGACCAGCCACCGAUAUUAUACACAGGUUCAAUCCAGAUGUUCAUUCUACAACUGACAUUUUGUGACUUCAUUGUUUAUACUAAGUGUAAGCCUUCACAAGUAUGGUUAUAGUUAGAGUGCCCAUUGAUGUGACCUUUUGCUCUGCAUUAAUCAGCAAAUGUGAACUUUUUGUAACAUCCUAUGUAAUAAGGGAGUUAAUCACCAGACUAUUGGAAAACCAGCAGCAAGUCGCAUCACAACCGCCAGAAGAAAACAACAAUGAAAGAGAGACAUGGUGUAUAUGUGCUGAACCUGAAUAUGGUAGAAUGAUCAAGUGUGAUAUUUCAGAGUGUCCAUAUCAGUGGUUUCAGUACAAGUGCGUUAAUAUCAGACGCCAGCCGAAGGGAAAGUGGUUUUGUUUGAGCUGCAGUGACUAGACUUUUCCAUGAACAUUGUGUAAAUGUGACAGUGUGGUGUAACAUUGAUUUCAACUGUUGUAACUGAUACAUUUUGUGUUUUUGAGUACCAUUACUUCUUGCAUGUUAUAUGGUGUUAAUACUCAUCAAGAAAGCUAAAGUCAAAUAAUAAAUAAUUUCAUUUAUUAAUCCAUAAUGGUUCACAUAUGACAUUUUCAUACACAAUAAAUGGUUGAAACACACAAAUUUACUGUAUUUGGCAACUAUGUAUACAUGAAU